AUCUCAAACCCUCUCCCUCUACACCUCCUCCUGCGCUCCUGAACCUCCAACCCAAACCCUCCAUCCAACCAUCAAUCACCUUCCACACACAGUCUCAGAUCUCAUCUGCGACUUCUCCUUCCCCGCUACCACUCAUCUUCGCUCCCUCGCACCUGCCGCUAGAACAUGGGAAGCUACACAUUUACGUGGGCGCACGCCGCCAACGAGGUCUACGUUACCGGUGACUUCGAUGACUGGAAGCAGACCGUCAAGCUCGAGAAGGAGGACGGCGUCUUCCAGAAGACUGUCGAGCUCCCCAAGGCAAAGACUGCUUACAAGUUCGUCGUCGAUGGCCAGUGGGUGACCAACGACUCCCACCCCUCCGAAGACGAUGGCAAGGGCAACCACAACAACGUCCUCGUCCCCGACGACAUCAAGGACGAGACCGCCCACACCCUUUCUUCUGCCGCCCCCGCUUCCACAACUGCCGCCCUGGCUGGUGCUGUGCCAAAGGAGGAGAAGCCUGUGAAGGCAGAGGAAUCUCUGCCUGGCGCAUUCCCCAUCACCCCUGCCGCCGCGACCCCCGGCAGCGAACCCCAGACCUUCGCCGUCAACCCCAUCCCAGCUACUUCGGGCCUCGGCAACCCAGUGGAUCUUGCGCCCGGCGAGAAGGUCCCUGAGCCCAGCACCCUGACUGACAACACUGUCGAGUCCACCGUCAACAAGGACGGCAAGGAGCCGGAGGAGGAGAAGGUCAGCGUCGCGCCAAUUCCUGCCACCGCAGGCGCCGGCAACCCCAUCACCCUCGCACCCGGCGAGAAGGUCCCAGACGCAAGCACAUUGACCACCAACACCGUCUCCAGCACCGUCAACACGGACGAGGCUUCGUAUGAGAAGUCGGAUGCUCUGCCGCCUCAAUUGGGUCCUGUCGUGACUCCCGAGGCCGAGCGUGACGCCAAGGGCGGUAUGUUUGCUUUGCCAUCUUCCCUUGCAGGCAGCUUGAUCCCAGAGUCCAGCCUCCCCAAAGAUACCAAUGCUGAGACAGAGAAAGACCCCGGCGUCACGAUCCAGUCCGCUGCUCCCACCAGCACCACCGCUGCGCUCGCUGGCGAGGUUCCCAAGGAACCCAGGGAGGUCCCCGAAGCCGUCGUCGAGAGCCAGAAGGAGGCCGGUUUCACGCCCGAAGCUUCUGCCAACCCCGAGGCCGUCGUCGAGAAGAAGGAGGUUGAGGAGGAGUUGAAGGCCAAGGUCCCUGAGGAGCCCGCGACGUCCGAGAGCCCUUCGGCGACCCAGCAGACCGCCGAGAAGGUGGGAGCUGCCGCCGUUGCUGGCGCGACUGUCGCUGCCGGCGCCGUCACUGCUGCCGCCUACACUGCCACCAACAAGGCUGCCGAUACCAUCGGUGUGUACAACCAAGAGCCCGCCGCUGGCGUCCCAGAGGUCGUCGCCGAUAGCCAGAAGGAGGCACACGUCAGCCCCGAGGCUGCUGCGAACCCUGAGGCCGUCGUCGAGAAGAAGGAGGUCGAGGAGGAGCUUCUCAGCAAGGCUGGCGCCACCACCGAGACUGCUGCUCCCGCUGCUGCCGUCCCCGCCGUCGUUGGUGAGAGCUUGAAGGAGGCCCACGCAAGCCCCGAGGCCGCCGUGAAUGCUGAGGCCGUCGAGGAGAAGAAGGCCGUUGAGCAGGAGCUUCUCAAGGAGGUGAAGCCUACCAACGAGAGCGGCGAGCCUGCCCCUGCUGUCACCGCUGCUACGAGCGCAUCCGCUCCAGGUGCUGUCGAGGAGGCUCCCAAGGAGACCAAGACCGAUGGUCUGAAUGCCUCUGCCGCGCAACCCGCCGUGCCUGAGACUUCCGCGCCUGUUCAGGACUCUCGCGAUGUUUCCCCAAUGUCCAAGCCCGCCACCCACGAGCAGACGCAGCCUACCGUGGUCACCGGCACCGAGAACAGCACCACCGAGGCAAAGACCUCUGCCGCCCCAGAGACUCCCAAGAAGGAUACCCCAUCGUCCGCCAAGGCAGCACCAGAGAGCGUUGCAUCCGGCGCCACCACUGACAAGAAGAAGAAGAGGAGGUCUUUCUUCGGCAAGAUCAAGGACAAGUUGAGCUCCAAGAACUAAGGCGAUGGCUUGCCUGGGAUUGGACCAGACACUGUCACGUGCACGGUCCGAUCAUUAGCACUAUGUUUGCAAAACUUAAUAUCCCGGAUCUGAAUGGAUCUUCCCACCUGCGAUACCUCCUGUUCAUGUUCACGGAGUUAGUCCCUUGGCUUAUACCACUCUCUAUUGGCCUUGUUAUGCUAUCGUCCUUUUAUGAUUGUUGUCCUUGGUUUUCUUUUUGACCGUUUGCUAGUCACGUAUACGUGGACUUCAAACGAAUGC